GUUUUUCAAGAUGCUGGGAGUGAUGGAGAUGAAGCGUUGGUUUCCUGAUAUAUUUUGAAGGAAGUGCUGAAAGGUUUUACCCUCAGAUAAAUUUGCUACCUUACUUCUGUACUCACAAUCCAGGCUGCAGCUGGCUAAACACAGUUGAAACCUUGAAACACAAAGUUGUGCGGACCUGGUCACUGAGGUUUCAUCUACGUGAAAGUGUUCUGCAGGAAAGACGGACUAUCAUCCUGCUGGAGAGAACUUGUCUCAUGCUGGUAAUCACCUGUAUGGUCAUCACAGUGGAAGAAAUGUCCAGCUGGAUUUGUGUUUCCUAUGUGAAGCCAGCUCCUCUGGAGAACUGGACUGUGUUCCCCAAAAAAGAUGUAAAACUUAAGUUUUCUAAAGCGACUGAUACUGGUACAGAACUCAACUGAAAGGAGGUAUUGCCUAUGAAAUGCAACUUUUGAAUGUUGAGGAUUUUCCUCCACAGACUCGAUCAAAUGCCUUUAUUCUCGUUAUGGAUCAAAGCUCUUUUCAUCACCUUGACCCUUGUUCUUCACUCUGAAACUGUCAUGAGAAGAAGACGAAAAAACAAUGUCUUGCCUCGUUGUCAGAAUUAUGUUUCCGGACCACCUGACUGCGACCAGGAGAUUGAGGCAAUCUGUGCAUCCAAUGGCAAAACCUAUAUUAACGAAUGUACUUUUUGCAAGGCACACAUAAGAAGUAACAAUGAAAUUACUGUAAAGCAUGAAGGCGUUUGCUGACCUUUGUGACGUGGUGCUGUACAUCACAUGACUCCUGUUUAAUCCUGUUCUGCCGUUGGAUUCCACAAAUUGUUAGUUUUUCGUGCCUUAGAGUCCUAGAUAUGUAGCAGAAUCCUGUUUUGAAAGCCAGGAUUGACUAUAAGAAUUGGAUAGUCUUGCAAAUCUAAAAUCUCAUAAUGCUAAAAUUUUAAUUCUCUGUCAAUGUCCAAAUAUUUGAUGAAAACCUGAAAAAUCAUUAGUUUACUUAUGUAUUUAAAUCAUGAUAUAUAAGACAUUUCUCAAUCAUUACUUCUCUCAAUAAAUAUGUUGCAUGGUA